AGAUAUUUAAGACAUCGGUUUACGUAUUGGACGCGUAACGGUGUACCAAGCAACAAUUAUAUUGACCUAAAUCAGCUGAGCAAACCUGCUCACUUGGGCGAUAUGGAAAUGUUUAAAAAAUUUGGCCGCAUAUUUGGCAUGUACACAUUUACAGACAAAAUGAUCGCGAUUAACGAGCCCGAUUUGCUCAGGGACAUAUUAGUCAAGGAUUUUAAUAUAUUUCCCGACCAUACUAAAUUCCACAUGGGCACAACCAAACUAGAUAAAAGUUUAUUUUUCAUGCCCGGCAACGAUGACUGGAAACGGCAACGAUCUAUACUAUCGCCGGUGUUUACAUCGGGUAAACUCCGGGCAAUGAUGGCACACAUCGACAAUAUUUCAGAUCGAUUUAUCGCUAAUUUGGUUCAAUUUGAAAAACAAGGCCAACCGAUAGAUAUGCGCAAACAUGUCGGUGCGUUUGCAAUGGACGUGAUCUCGUGCUGUGGGUAUGGCAUAGACGUCGAGUCUAUUAAUAAUCCCAAUCAUCCCAUUGUAUUAAAUGCCCGCAAAAUACUGAGCACUGACGUGGGUUUGGGAAUGAUAUUGUCGGGAAUGUUCCCGGCGUUGGCUAAACUGGUUGGAGCCGAACCCUUUGAUAUAAAAGCAUGUAGAUACUUUGAUGAAUUAACCAAUAAAAUCAUCGAGGAGAGAAAGAAGCAUAAUAAAUAUGCCCUUAAUAAUGACAAAGACUCGGAAAAGUCGGACAAAGACUUGGGUUACGACUCCAUCAGGGAUGCGGAGCCGGACGAAUCGGUCGGUAAUAGCCCUAUGGUAAAAACAUCGGGCAAACUCACCAUCGAUGAGAUGGUAGCGCAGGGAAUACUGUUUUUUAUCGCCGGUUAUGACACUACCAGCGCUGCCCUAACCCAUACCCUCUACUUUCUGUCCAAACACCCGGACUCUCAGCAACGGCUGUACAAAGAGUUGCAAACUUGCGAUGAGUUUACGUACGAAAACUUAUUGCAAAUGAAAUACUUAAGCGGCGUAAUCCAUGAGACACUACGACUCGCGCCAUCAUUUCUGAAGUUGUUUCGCAUUUGUGUCAAAGACUAUAAACUGGGAAAUACCGGCAUUACUAUACCUGCGGGCGCUUACGUUACGGCCAACAUCUAUGCCCUUCAAAGGGACCCAAAAUUCUGGCCAAAUCCGGAAGAGUUUCAGCCCGAGCGCUGGUUUGAGCCCAAACACCAUCCGUACGCUUACCUGCCGUUUGGUUCCGGACCCCGACUAUGCAUUGGACAACGGGCAAUUGGCAGACCUGCCCACCAAUACGAUGUCGAAAUGUCUAAAAAGUUUGGCCGUAUAUUUGGCGGUUAUUCAUUUACGGGCAAAAUGAUCAUGGUCAACGAACCCGAUUUGCUCAGGAACAUUAUGGUAAAAGAUUUUCACAUAUUCCCCGACCACCUAGGUUUCCAUAUGGGCACUACUAAAAUGGACAAGAGCCUAUUUUUCAUGCCCGGCGAUGAGGACUGGAAACGUGUGCGCUCUAUACUGUCCCCCGUGUUUACAUCGGGUAAACUCCGGGCAAUGAUGGCACACAUCGACAAUAUUUCAGAUCGAUUUAUUGACAACUUGGUUCAAUUAGAGAAACAAGGUGAGCCAAUAGAUAUGCGCAAACAUGUCGGUGCGUUCGCAAUGGACGUGAUCUCGCGCUGUGGGUAUGGCAUAGAUGUCGAGUCUAUUAAUAAUCCCAAUCAUCCCAUUGUCAUAAAUGCGCGCAACAUAUUGAGCACUGACGCAAAAAUAGGCGCCGUAUUGUCGGGAAUGUUCCCGGCGUUGGCCAAACUGGUUGGAGCCGAACCCUUUGAUAUUGACUCAUGUAGAUACUUUGAUGAAUUAACCAAUAAAAUCAUCGAUGAGAGAAAGAAACAUAAUAAAAAUGUUAUUAACAAUGAUAAAGACUCGGAAAAGUUGGACAACGAUUUAGACGACGACUCCAUCAGCGAUGGACAACCGGAUGAGUCGGUCGGCGAUAAACCUAUGGUAAAAACAUCGGGCAAACUAACCAUCGAUGAGAUGGUAGCGCAGGGAAUGCUGUUUUUCGUCGCCGGUUAUGACACUACCAGCGCUGCCCUAACCCACGCCCUGUACUACUUGUCUGAACACAAAGACUGUCAGCAAAUACUAUACGAAGAGUUGCGAAGUUGUGAUGAGUUUACGUACGAAAAGUUAUCGCAAUUGAAAUACUUGAAUGGCGUAAUCCAUGAGACACUAAGACUCAGGCCAUCGUUUUUGAAAAUAUUUCGCACGUGUGUUCAGGAUUAUAAACUGGGAAAUACUGGCAUUACAAUACCUUCGGGUACAUUCAUGAUGGCCAAUACCUAUACUUUACACCGGGAUCCCAAAUACUGGCCCAACCCAGAUAAGUUUGAUCCCGAGCACUGGUUUGAGCCCAAACACCAUCCAUACGCAUACUUACCCUUCGGCGCCGGACCCCGACUAUGCAUUGGACAACGCCAUGUCACCUAA